UCGCCAGGAAACGCCUCCCCACCACAUUGACCACAUCCCCCCAGGUCGCCUAGGAAACACUCCCCACCCCAGGGCCAGAAGAGUUGGGGCACAGUUGCCCAGCAACAGGUGGUGCCCUUCCGCCCUCAUCUGAGGCAAUUGCCCGGGCACUCAGUCACAGGGAGUGCCUCAAAGGGAGAGCCAGGAGCCCUGGGGGUGCCCCAAGAUGCCUUCAACACCAGAGCAGCCCUCUGGGCAACAGGAGGGACUCCCUGUGUCCGAACUGGUUCCGUGGCCCCCACUGCCCUGCGGGCCCUGCAUCCCCAUCAUGCUGGCCCUGGCUUCCCUCGCCGCACUCUUCCUCCUAACCACAGCCGUGUUGGCCGAACGCCUGUUCCGUCGCUCUCUGCACUCGGACCCUGGCAACCAGGCACCCACCCUGGUCUGGCGCCCUGGAGGAGAACUGUGGAUCGAGCCCAGGGGUACUGCCCGAGAGCGCUCAGAGGACUGGUAUGGCUCUGCAGUCCCCUUGCUCAUGGACCGGCCCCCAGACCCUCCCACCCCUGGGGGCACAUUGGAGGCCAGAGCCACAGCCCCACCUGUCCCUUUAGCCCCACUCACCCCUCCCGGCUCCUUGGCCCCCCAUACCCCACACAGGGCCCCAGCCUGCAACUCUUUCUGGGGGCCCCAGGCCUCAGAGGAGAGGCCCUACGCCCCAGGCCUGGUAAGCUGGGCUGAGCCUGAACAGAGGCCAGAGGCCAACAUGCAUCUGGGGAGCCCCCAGGCCCAGAGGCAGCGACUAGGAAGCCCUGAUUUUGAGUGGGGCCUCCAGCCUCGGGUCACCCUGGAGCAGAUCUCAGCUUUCUGGAGGCGUGAAGGUCGGACCAGUGUGGGGUUCUGAAUCCCCAGGGCCUGGAGGACUGGCGUCCCAAAGACCCAUACAGAAGGCCCUACCUCAGAGAAGACCCUGAAGCUCCAGCCUAGGAGCCCAAGUUGAUACCUGGGUCCCCAGGGAAGAAUGCCCCCCACCCAUCCUCGGCCUUUUACAUCUGGAUUUCAACUCCCUGGAUCUGGGGCUGGGUAGUUUCCUGUGGACAGAGCUGGUGCUGCAGAGGAAGCCCAGAGGUGUGUGCCUUUGGCUGCCCCAGGCUGCAGAGAAUUGGAGGUGGGGUCCACUCUGGGCCAGAAGACACCAAAAUCACGUUGCAGAUUAAGAUCUCAAGGUACCAAAGAGGCAGAAAAUAGCAUCAUCACAGGGGUUUCCGCCUUCCUUUGCUCUGCAGCUAAGAUGCUGGGGUUGGCGUGCAGGGUUCCCGUGGAUGCCGAGAAACAGGCCGAGUGUGGAUGCAGCAGGAGAGGACAGGAAGUCAGCCUCUCAAAGCCACAGAUUGUGCCUCCAAGGAACACAAGACCAGGCAAAGGAGCAUCUUACUACAUCUCAACUGUGCCUUUGACCCUCAACUUGCAACAGAGAACUUCAUCAGCCAAACUGGGGAGUUGCCUUCCUUGCCCAGACCCGGGACCUCGUAUCAACAGAGACCAGGGGCAGGCAGCCUUCCGACCUUGACCCCUCCAGGAUGCGGGACACCAGUCAAGGAGACCUGAGUGCGAUCCAAUGUGGAAAGGAACGUUGUCCCAGGGCAGAGCGCCAGCGUCUGGUCAUCUCCCUCGGACCUUGCUGGAUCAGUCCAGAGAGAUGGAUUUGCCCCAGGACACGCUUAUUUAUAACGCUCCACCCUUGUAGAAAUGGAGCCCAGGGAUGUCCUUGGCCCUAAAGCCAUCUGUAAGAGCUGACCUCCCCUCUGGGAGAGGAGCCAGGAGGGGGGAGAGGGGAAGUAGUUUCCAUUCCAUUCCUGGGGUUUGAUUUCCCAAACUUCAAUCAUGAACGUUAGGAUUUUUGCCAUAUCACUUAACCAUCUGUAUUUUUCUUUAAGAUGACUUAACUAUUUGCUUAAUAAAUUUAUUUUAGGGGAUCCCUGGGUGGCGCAGCGGUUUGGCGCCUGCCUUUGGCCCAGGGCGCGAUCCUGGAGACCCGGGAUCGAAUCCCACAUCGGGCUCCCGGUGCACGG